AAGAGUACAGUGAGAGAGGAAUCAACACUCAACAAGGGGAGAAACCCAGACAUAACAGAAAAUAUAUAACAGAGUGAGAGACGCAUGAGACAAGUCACAUGAGAUGAGCUGAGAGGAGACACAUCUGAUCUGUAGUGGUCGAGCUGAAGCCAAGUGGGAGUAGUGUGUUUUGUUGGACUAGAUUUAUCUAGGUAUCUUUCCGAGCCCACAAACACAUACGCGUGAGUGUGUAUCCUGCAGUUGCCUGCCUCGUGAAGUGUGUGCUGUGCUUAGGACUUUAGUGUGUGUGAGUGAGAGACCAUGUGGCGGUUCGUGACCCUGGUCCUUCUAGCCCACCUGGGGAGCAGUCUGACGGGGGCAUGGAGAGCCUCCCAGCCUCGCCUGCAGUUCACCCACUCAGAGCUUGUCCAGAACGGCCGUCUUCUGUCCCUGCCCCUGGCGGCGGGGGACAUGCACUCUCUGCUGCCAGACGAAGAUGGCCGCCGGCUCUACGUGGCCAUGAAGGACAACCUGCUGUCCACCAGCCUGGACGACAUCUCACAGAACCCCCACAAGCUCUACUGGCCAGCAAGUCCAGACCGUGUCCAAGAGUGUUUGAUGGCUGGAAAGGACCGGGAGUUGGAGUGUGCUAACUUCCUGCGGGUACUGCAGCCCUACAACCAGACCCACCUGUAUGUGUGUGGAACGGGAGCCUUCAACCCUCGCUGUGCCUUCAUCCCCACCAACACCUUCCUCAAGUCAGAGCGACAAACUCUGUCAUUUGGAGAGACUGAAUGUGGGAAGGGAAAGUGUCCAUACGAUCCACACCAGAAAACUGCCACAGCCGUUAUUGAUGGCGAGCUGUAUGCUGGGAUCUCAUCCGACUUCAUGAGUCGAGACUCGGCCUUCUUCCGCAGCCUGGGCAGUCGUCAUGUGAUCCGCACCGAGCAGUACGACUCCACCUGGCUGCAGGAUGCCCAGUUUGUUAAGGUGGCCUCGAUGGCGGAGACUGAUAACCCAGAGGAUGACAAGGUGUACGUGUUCUUCACUGAGCGGGCUCAGGAGGCAGAGGGGGCAGCUGGGAAGGUGCUGUACUCCCGAGUGGCGCGCGUCUGCAAGAAUGACAUUGGUGGCCAGCGGAGUCUGGUGAACAAGUGGAGCACCUUCCAGAAGGCACGUAUAGUCUGCUCCGUCCCUGGAUCCGACGGGAUACAGACUCACUUUGACCAACUACAGGACAUCUUUAUCCUCCAUGAUGGGAAGGACAAGAAGAACCCUCUGAUCUACGGACUCUUUACCACAUCCAGUGACGUUCUGAACGGUUCGGCGGUGUGUGUGUACCGCAUGCAGGAUGUGGUAAGGGCCUUCAAGGGAAACUUCUACCACAAGGAGGGACCACAGUACAAGUGGGCCGAGUUCACAGGAAAGGUCCCCUACCCAAGACCUGGCACAUGUCCCAGCAGUACAUACGGUAGCUACAGCUCCACCUGGGAGUACCCUGAUGACGUCAUCUUCUUCAGCCGUACCCACCCUCUGCUGCAGGAGGCAGUGCUGCCGCUGGGAGGGCGCCCUCUGUUGGUCAGGGUGGGAGUGCACUACAAAUUCAGCCGACUGCUCGUGGACCGAGUAGAGGCAGUGGAUGGACAGUAUGACGUCCUCUUCAUCGGCACAGACUCAGGCCAGGUGCUGAAGUCUAUCCCCCUCCCUAAAGAACACGGUGUCACCCAAGAGGUAACCCUGGAGCAGCUGCAGGUCUUCCAGCACAAGUCACCUGUGACUACCAUGACACUGUCCAAGAAAAAGCAGUGGCUGUUUGUGGGUUCUGCGGAGGGUGUGGCCCAGUUGGCUCUGUUCCAGUGUGAGCUGUACGGCCAGGCCUGCACUGAAUGCUGCCUGGCUAGAGAUCCCUACUGCACCUGGGACGGACACGCCUGCAGCCCCUUCAUGCCCAUCGCACGCAGGAGGAACGCUCGUCAGGUUGGUGAUGAGGAGGACCCUCUGACUCAGUGUGUCAGACAGGGAGCUGGUCUGCAAGUGAAAUCAGAGCAGAGGAUGAUGAUGGUUGCCGAGGGUAACAGCACCUAUCUGGAGUGCAUGCCCAAAUCCAGACAUGCAGCCGUCACCUGGUACAAACAGGCAGGAGAGAACAGCCCUGAGCUGCAUCAGUUGCAGUCAGGAGAGCAGCUUGUGGUGAUAGAGAGAGGUGUUCUGAUCCGUCGGGCCGAGAUGGGUCACUCUGGCGUGUACCACUGUCAACUGGAGGAGCAUGGCUUCCGCUGGACCGCCGUCACCAUCCGUCUGAGUGUGUGGAGCCCCUCCCGUGCCCUCUCCUGGUCCCCUAGCAACACCAACCCCAGUCCAGAUGCCUCCCAGCCCUGGUACCAGGACGUCAUGGCCCUCAUCCACCCCAGCAGCCUGGAGAAGCACUGUCAGAGGCUGGGCUUCCGACAACGCCGCAACCGCAACCGCGACCAGGAUAAGACCAAGGACAGCGACCGCAAGACAGGGGACGGCCCCAGGGGCGAGAGGCACAAACAUGGAGGCCGAGGAGGAGAUGGAGGAGGAGGCAGGAGGAAGAGCAGAAGCAAACCCCAGCAGAGGUCUCCACGAAGUGCUUAGAUGCUCUACUGCCUACGACAUGCUUUCUCCUGACUUACACACUCAAACACUGUCUCACUCUCUCAAAGACACACACCUUUACAAAAACACAUAUUAAUGUCGAAUGGGGACAUAGGAGGUUCAGUGUGGGCUGGACUCAGAAAUGUGAAUAUGAUUGCUUAGCGUGUUCUAUGAAGGAUGCACAGCAUGUCUAAGAGACUGGUGAGGAAUAUAUUAAGGCAUGAAGAGGACCUGGAAGAAUGUGGUGUCUCAUAAGACACAGUAUGUGAACUUGUCUGAGGAACUGACUGGGUAUAAUGUACAGAGAAUAAAUGCCCUGAAGGUGAAGCUAGCUGGGAUCUGUCCUAAUGAAAGACAGAGAGGGAGUCAAAAGGACUCAAGCAUGUGAGAGAGACUUAAGUGUCUCUGAGGCACAAAAUGUUGAUUUGUCUUUGAUGUUUAAUGUAAAAAAAAUAUAUAUGUUUAACUUUC